AUGUCCGGCCUCGCCAAGCUCAGCCUCGGCACCGAAAUUUCAAUGAAAAGCAGUUGCAGCGACGCCAGUGAAAAGUCGCCAAAAAUAACUGCUUGUCGAUGUGCCGAACCUAGGGAUCUACGAAAAAUAGGCAAUCUGGUGAGACACCGAACGUUGAAUCUAUUUCCGGAGGCCGAAAGUCCAGCUACUCUCUACGAGAAGUCGUGUUUACCGCUCGUCCAAGAAAACAAACUCGACGAAAUCGUCUCGGCAAUAUUUCUCUGCAAUUAUCCGAAUGUUCCCGCGGUCUCGCCGUCAGCUUGGCCUACUUGGAUAGACAAUCUUUACGACGUGAAAGAUGCGUCGGCAGCGAAUACUCUGUUCAUUCAUAUGGUCGUCUGGGACGAGACGCGCUACGAACGGGAUUUGCUCGUUGAUUUGCUGACGACGACUUUCUACGUGGUUGCGCGCUGCGAUUACGUUGUUCUUGUGCUGCCGCCGACUAUCCAGCCAGCUCAUGCCAUUCACGAAGUAAUGACACGAGUGGCGCCCAAAAAUGAAUCCGACGAGGUUACUGCUCAAGUGCUUUACGUCGGCGAUCGGCGUCAAUUCGUGCCGCAGAUGAAAUUCCGUCUGGCGGUCGAAGAAGACAACGACGACGUUGUUCAGAUGCUCGACAAAGACACGUCACUUCUGCGCGAGUUUUACGGUGACUUCUACGUCAGCGAAUUGUCACGUCAUCCGGAUCCUUGGCGUCAAAUCAUCGUCGGCGAUACGGAUAAUCGCGUUGCCAGCGUUGCGUGUCUCAACGAGAGGAUCGAUCUGGAGUUACUUAACGACAGGUUCGAGCUCACCGCCUUCGAUGGGCUAAGGAGGCGGACGGUGAAAUUUGCCCCCAGUUUAGAUGAUUCAGAGGAAGAAUAUGAAGAUUACACGUUUCAAGUGCACAACAUCGAAUUUUCAAAUGUGUAUUCGGAUGACGAGUUCGACGCCGAAGACGAACAUUCGUCAAUUUUGAGCGCCCGUGGAGACGCGUUCGCGCUGGAGCUGCUGGGUUUCCGGUGGGACGAGCCUUUGCUGCUGGCAAGUAGUCGCAACCUCCUAGCCGCUGCUUUCGAGUGUUUCCCUCGGUUACGUUACUGUCUCGCCUUGAUGCCCACCGACAGACAGCAUUUCCCCUUCCUCGAUCACUUCACGCGAGUACCACUCAAAGCAGACAAAGACUUCCCAAUGGUAUUGUACGUGGUGCAUCGUGCCUCGAUACUCCACAACUCUCUUACGGGAGUACGGGAGGCGCGCAACGAAGAUCGCGAUGCGGUUUGUCGUCUGCUGGACCACCGCUCCGAAAAUAUUUGGGGCGACUUUAACGAGGCGUUAAACGACUCGGAUUCGCGCCGAUGCUACGUCUUCACUUGCGACGGCGUAAUCGCCGGCUUAGCGAUCGUACGCGGCGAGGAAGCGAGAGAAGUCGAUCGGCUGAGCAACUACUAUCGCCUGGACGAUCUCCUCCUCGUCGACGGCAGCAAGCCGCGGCAAGUCGACGCGCUGAGGCUGUUGAGCUUCGUCCUCGCGCCGAUUUUCCAAGCGAGCGCGGGAUUCUUCGUCGGGGAGAUGAUGCGCCUCGAGACUGCCAACACGGGGAUCGUGAUUGCAGCCGGGCUCUGGUCACGUAUUUAUCCGCUAACGAGUCAGCGGCACGGGCGAGCCUUGAAAAGUCGCGGCUGUUAUAAUUGUGCUCUCGUCGAAUUUCAACAGACGGACGAUGCGCCUCCCUCGUGCUUGUGCGCGAUGCAGACGGUCAAGCCGAGAAUACGAAAUUGGCCUCAAUUUCAACGAUGCCUCGACAGAGCGCGCGACGAAGAUUCGCCGUUCGCGGAAUUGUUCUCGCUGUACGUUGCGAGCCCAAGAUUAAUAACGAUCACCAAACAGAUCGUCAACACCAAAGUCGUCGUCGUUGGCGCCUCUGAUUGCGGGCUCGCUUUCAUCGAGGCGCUCGCUUCCGGAUACAAGUACAGAGAUCUUCAGUUUACUGACAUCACUUUGAUAUCCACCAAUGGUCUGCCGUAUGAGAAUUCAAGUGAUCAUUCGAUCAAAGCAAUGAUACCAUUCCGAGGACGCUAUUGUCAUACUUAUAUGAGUUUAACUGCACAAAGAAUCAAUUACAAUGUUGUGAAGGGAACUGUCGUUGAAAUUAACAGAAAAGAGCAACAAGUUUACAUCGAGCAUUUGGGAACUUUGAGUUACGAUUAUCUCAUUCUUACUUGCGGUUUAUUGUUUCAAAGGCCUGACUUUACUGAAAAGUCGAAUCCUGACAGCGACGGGUAAGCAUCGCUCCAGGUUCCGUCAAAUUACUUUUCCAUCAACGACGACGUGAAUGCACUCAAGUGCUUGAAAGAAAUUAAGAGGCUAACUAAAAACUUCGAAGAAGAAAAAUCAAUUGUCUUCUACGGAUGUAAUAUUGAGUGUUACUGCGCAUUAGCGGCUUUUCUCGAGCUGGGCCUCAAAGGAACGUGGAUUACGUUAAUUGAACCGCGGCUUCUCGCCAGCGAUGAUAUUUUCAUCGGCGAUCGCAAAGUGAGACUCAUCGAUUUAUCUCAAGCCAGGCUAUUCAUUCUCAAAUUCCGUUACAUCAUUGCGUCAAUGAAUUUUCAAUUGCCGAUCUGCAAUACGUUUUUCAAUGAGAGAAUUGCGAGAUCCGACGCAUGUUUCCUAUAUAAGCAUUCAGCUUUGCGUCGUGAAAAUUUUUACGAGCGAGUUUGCGUUCUCCGAGGUAAAUUCGUUGUGGCGAUUUCACGCUCUAUAAAAAUAAGGGAUCAGCUGCGCGAGAUAAUCUCAGCUGAGGGUGUGAAGCUGUACUCGGGCUACAGCCUCACGGACUGGAAGUUCUGGUCGUCGCGGAUCGAAAGCGUGGAGCUGCAACCGCUGGAAAACGACAAAGACGGCGACGCGGUAGGUCCCACGAAGCUACUCGUUACCUGCGACGCGCUGCUCGGCUUCCACGUCAAAUCGCCCUGCCUCAAGACCUUCCUCGCAAUUUCGCGCGCGGGUCUGGUAUUUGACGGUCGUCUCGUCAUCGAUGCGGAAUUCAAGACGAACGACCGACGAGUCUUCGCCGCCGGCACGAUAACCAAGUACUCGAGGAGAUUGCGAGCUGACGACCACGAGCACAAGUACUUCAACAGUCUGCAAGUUGGUGAGAAGCUGGCUGAGAAGUUCGUGAGCAUGAUACUGGGUGACAGUGAUGAUGCGCCAAGUGAAAAGUUCAGCGCUCGGGAGCUUCCGGAAUUCUCAGCGCCAAUUAUCGUUUCGUGUCUUCUGCCCGGCGGUUACAGAUAUUUGCACGUUCGAAAACCAGGCUACACGAAUAUAAUCCACGCAUUGCAUUAACAUGUCUAUACGCAGCAGCAGCAGCAAUCUCGGAAUGACGUGUUCACCACGGGAUCUUGCAUAGCUGAUACCGGAUACUUUCGACUUCGUUUAAACCAGUUCCGUACGCUCGAGUGCGUAACUUGUUUCAGCAAAACGGAUUAUAGCGUACAAAACAUGAUCGCACUUUACGGUAAACACGAGGCUUUGUUGAACGACUUGAAAACUCGCUUUUUGGAUGCCGAGAUUCCAGACUUUUAUGCGUACUUCCGCGAACCGUGGACAACAGCUUUAUUCGCCGACGAUUUUGACGAGUACUGCCUGAAAAGAAAACUUUCUGAUGACGAUGCAAUUUCGAACGAAGUAAAAUUUCCCCUUUUUUCGCAUCAUAACAAAACAAAAAGAAAAAAAAACACUACGGAUAAUCUCGCUAACACAAUGCAUGUAGGACGAGCCCAGAGAAAACUUAUUCCACGAAGUAAUGAACGUGCUAAAAAACACCGGUUACAAGAAAGUGAGUCUUCGCUUUUUCGCCGACAUAAUGGUCGUCGAAAGGCAAACUCGCUCUAAACGUUACAAAUACGACAGAUGACGGAAAAAGAUCGCGAGGCAAUUCUGUCGAGCCAGAUAGGAAAGGACGAAGAGGAGCGCGUUUACGAGAAGCAAGUGAGAGAAAGAUUGAUGGAGUAUCUGGAGCGUCACGAGCAUGAGCUACCGAUGUAUUCGACGCCGGAAAAGCGUCGUCAGAUUCUACGGGACAUAGCCGAUAGACCCUUGUUGAGCGAUUGCGACGAUGGUUAUAUUGGUAUUUGCCAGUCAUCCCCGAGCUGCAGUUGUAGCACGUUGAUCGGGGACAACGGCGCCGUAUUAGAAAGCUCCAGGCUGCAGUGAGUGCCAUUUGCCGCAACGACAGCGACGGGGAUCGUGCUAAGUUAAUGUGUCAUUUAUCCUGCGACUGUUCAUUUCAGAGAUAAUAAAGCGCCGUACAACUGAUUUUUCGAUACGU